GCUCUUUAUCGAGGAGAGAAGUUCGGCGAAUAUUUCUUUUCAGCUUCACACACACACUCAGCACACAGAAUCUCGACACGAUGAUGCGCAAGACGUCGGUGUGCGCCAUUGCGGUGACCCGCAAGGUGCUCGUAGGCAACGGCCCGACGUUCCAGUCUGGUGGAGACAACAACAACACGUCUGAUAUCCAGAACGCGUACCCCAUCAACGAGCGUGGCAUCCGCUCCUCCUCGCCCUUCCCGGAGCCGAACACGGCGAUCUACGACACGUACAUGCCGUGGACCUACUUCCAGCCCAUCGACGUGAACAUUGAAAAGAUGCCGGCCCCGGAGGCGAAGUACUACCAGCACCACACAAAGAAGCCGUGGGAUGUGUCGACGACGGACCUGAUGGAGAUUCAGUCCCGCAAGAAGUACCUGCAGGGUGUCGGCUACCUCAUCCUCGUGGUGUACCUCUACACCCUCCUGCCGAAGGAGAAGUCCUUCUCGGGGAAGGUCGGCUCCGACGGUUUCUGGAUUCUGCUCCCCAAGAACCAGCCGGAGAAGUUUUAA